GAGAAACAAAUAGAAAAAAUGAGAAAAUUUUGUUGAACCUCAAAAUUCUCCACAAACCCUCCUGUAGACCUAUAUUUUAGCUGUAAGGAAUCAUUUCAUAUAUAAUGGCUGGCAAGAUAUAUAUUGAAUAUUGGAUACAUUGUUCCUUCUUCUGUGCUAAUGAGCAGGUUUCAUGAACUUGGCGUUUAGACGUGUACGCAACGUAUUAGAUGAGGUUUAUUUGUGGUGUCUCAGCUAUAUGCUUAUUGUUUUGUUAUUUAUCAACAAUUAAAGGACUGAGGUUUAAGCUUAAAAACGGUGUUACAAAAUGCAUUCAAGAUGAGGCACACAAAGACGUUAUUGUACAUGGUGAGUAUGAGAUUACUGCUCCCCAUGAACACACAACCCAUAUCAAAGUCCGUGAUGUGAAAAAGCAUAUACUAUAUCAAAGAGAUAAUAUAAGAAGCGGUAAAUUUGCAUUCACAACAGAAGACUUCGAUCUAUUUGAGGUGUGUUUCGAAAGUCAGUCAGAUAAUACCGACACAGAACAAGAAGUCUUUCUUAAUAUCAAACACGGCACCGAGGCCAAAGAUUUUGAUAAGGUUUGUUGCUUACUUUUUGCUUAUUUAUGUAGAUGGCGAAAGCAGAGAAAUUACAACCAAUCGAAGUGCUACUGAAAAAACUAGAAAGUCUAGCCGAUGAAAUCGUGCAAGAUUUUGUUGUCAUGCAUUCGAAAAGUAGCAAAAUGCGAAACAUCAACGGUAAGUGAGCCUGUUAUCACAUUCCUGUUGCUCCAUAUGUGAUAUAACAAACUUCCGAGUUCGUAUAAAUUGAUGUUCAAUCCCAUUAUCGUGAUAGUGAUCACUAUUGACAUACUAAACUGGCAAAGCGUUAAUAACUUGGGUUUCCGUCAUCAUUUUCUGCAACUUACUACAACAAUAGUUGUCCAGUUAGCACAUUUCUAGAAUCUUAAGGUGAAAUAGGUUUGACUGUCAUCGAUAAGUCGCUAUUGUGUUGCCCGUACUAUUCUAAAAUAUUCCGAAGUUGUUAGGUUCCUCAUUCUUUUCGACAGCGAUUAUGUACGGCUCUGUACAUUGGCGGAAUGUGAUACCCUUUGUUUGUUUGUAUAUGAAAACUAGUGUCCAUUCAGCACAUUUUUCGUUCAUAAUAAACCAUUUCUCUUUGUUUCUUUUGGGCCUACGCGUAUUUAAUGUCAUUUGUUUUUCAUUUCCUAAAACUUGUAUUUACCUUCGAUAAGCCAGUCCACCGAAAAUUAUCAAUAACAAGCAGAGUAGAACUUGUCACAAAUCUGCGUUGUCUCAAACUCAUACUACAAGUUAUUUUUCGAACUUAGGACUGCUGCACAUUAUAUCGACAAUUUCAUAGCUUUAGGAGCCAGUAAUAACAGAGGCCAUCAAGCCUCCUGUCCUUUCCAAACUGAAACUCUUAUCCUACAAAUAAUGCAUUGUGCCGAAAAACAGGUGAGGUUGUUCAAUCCUUGCCGAAAGUUCAUCAGACAAUAAUCUGCCAGGGCUGGAAAAACCUCAAUAGUAAUUGCGGUAAUCAAUACACUCAACUAAUUUGCUCGCUAUUAUCAUAUACUAAUAUCGUCCCAGAGAAUUCCACGUCGUGUAAUAAUUGAGGACGCUAGAACUGGUUGGAAGAUGCGAAGAGAUGGUCAAUGUGUGACAUUAUGUCGUGGUAUGAGAGUUUGUGUCUGAUGAAAUCUCAGCACGAAUUCGAAAAGUUCGUUUGGCUUUCGCCAAUUUAUGUCACCUAUAGCGAAGGCAAGAUAUCCAUCUAUCAAUUAAAGGACAAGUAUACUGCGCGGCAGUUCGUUCUGUUUACUUUACGGCUGCGAAACGCGGCCACUGAGAGUAGAUGUUCGUAAGCUACUAGUAUCUGACCACAGAUGCCUUAGAAAUAUUGCUCACAUCUGCUGGGAUCACCCGGUAAGUAACAGCGAGGUUAGACGAAGAGUAUAAGGGAAUGAUGGUAAUUCAGUUAAUGAGGUCGUGAAUCUUCAUUGACAAAGAUGGUUGGGCCACGUGUUGCGUAUGCCUGAACACCGAUUACCACGACACGCAAUUCUGACUAGUGUAGAGGAUGGUUGGAAAAAAGUUAGAGGCGGCCAAACCAAAACGUUUCGUCAGUGCUUGAUGUCGUUGACUUCUGGUGUGAGCCAUGUGGUAGAUGCAGACUACUUGGUUGGGGUCCGUGUGCUUCUCGUAACCGGUGGUUGAAGACUAUGGCUGACAUGACUCAGAAUCGAUCACAACGGCGUCGGUGUGUACACUCUUUGUCUUCCUUUGAACUGUGGGAUUAGAAUUGUUUUAUAUUUUUCUUUCUUCCUGUACUAUGUCCUUAUAUGCAAUCUUUCUUUUAUAUAUUGCCACCACUGAACUAACUACUAUAAAUUUGGUGUUCAUCUUGUGCUAAUGCGGUAUGACAACUUGGACCGAUCCACAUAUGUGCCUGGUCCUACGUUGUAGCUGAUUGAUGAAAGUUGUACAGGACUGGCUUCUGUUGGUCUUUCAUGACUACCCGGCUGUGGUCCUAGAGACGGUGCAACACACUGACUAGAGACGUUAUCAAUCAUGACUCAGAAUAGAAACCAGUGACCAUCCUUCUGUAGCGUUCUUUUACUUCGUAAAAGUAAAUUUAACUUCUGUGAUCGAAUUCUUUCUGGUUGUAUUUAUACUAACCGAACUGCUUUUCCCAUUAUUAUUUCACUCUCAUACUUUAGUUUCUGUUGAUUGUUGUUCUUCCUUUUAUUAUACACCUUUAUCUGUUCACAACCUCAUUGCUAUUGUGUGGUGCAUAUGUAUUUGGUGUUCCCCUUGUACCAAUGUUUGUGUUCAAAUAAAAAACAGCUUACGACAUUGUUAGAAGUAUAUUUCUUUCGAAAGGAUAGAAGCAUUGCAUUUGUUGUUAAAAGUUAUAUCCAAGUUGAAGUAAUAUAAGUUUCUAUUUGAUUCCGAUACUUUAAUAAACAAAUUUUUGUUUACUUGCUAAUCACCUAACAAACCAAUACUGAUGAGUACUUAAAAGACCAUAUUAUCAGUUACGUGGGUUAUAUUAUCACUUCCGUAAAAAUACUAAUGUUUCUACUUCGAUUGAAUUUUCGUGAAAGUCAACCCAAUUUCAUUACUUCUUGUUUUCUAGAAUCUACUCAUACACGGGUUCUCUACUUCUCAAUUCUUUCAAUGGUAAUCCUCAUCGGCUUCGCAUGUUGGCAGGUACUAUAUUUAAGACGCUAUUUCAAGUCGAAGAAGCUGAUUGAAUAAUGUAAAUUGAUUUUUCAUCUUUUAAUAUCUGCGAAAAAAACCCGUUUUAUUGUACAUGCCUUGCGUCUGGUUCAUUUCUGAAAUAAUAAACUCGUGUGGGAAAACUGUACAAAUCUAGUCUCACAUUGUUCAUCCUUUUUUAUUCAAAGUUGCUUGUCGGAACUUUCGUUUCAUAUGUGUAAGAUGUAUUUCCCUUUAGAUAAUAUAGCGGUAUGUGGAUUAAUAUGUAUUAUCUUUUUUCGGUCGUUUUCUAAUAAAUGCUUCUAAAGUCCGUU